CAUUUUCGAGAAAAGGUGGCUAGUAACAAAAUAUUUGGAUUAACGUCAAGUGUAUUUAAAAAUUUCAAAAUCAACUCUUCGUUUCCGCAAACAAUUGAAUUUGUUGGCAUAAACGCAACAUGGAAACCGAAAUAAAUAAGUGCCAAAAACAAUAGUGGGUGUUGAGCGGCGAUAAAAAAAUCAUUGUUCGUGCGGUCGAUGUGGAUGCAGCAGGCGAGAUGAGCGGUUUACAGGAGCAGGACACAACAGCUCAAGAUGCAGCUGCAGAGGAAGUUACCAAACAGACGAUCCGCAUGCAGGUAUGGCAGGACAUGAUGAAAAACGAUAUUUCCGUAUUCCCAAAACCGUUCGGCAGAAUACCAAAUUUCAAGGGAGUUACUGAAGCAUCGGAGAAAUUGCUCGAGCUCGAGGACUUUCAACAGGCCAAGGCGAUCAUAGUCGGACCCGAUAAACCGUUGGAGACCGUGCGACUGUUGGCGCUGGAGAACGGUAAAGAUCUGUACGUGCCGAUUCCGAGAUUGAAAAAUUGGUUGCUGAAGAAGCUGUCGAAGGAUGAUAAUGCGGAUAUUAAGAAGGUCGUCAAUCGUUGGGGUAUUGAGAAUACAGGCAAGCCCGUGGAUUUGGAGGAGGAACUCCACAUUGAUUUGCUUGUUAUGGGAAGUGUUGCUGUUUCGAAGGAAGGCCAUAGAAUUGGAAAGGGAAAAGGUUAUUCUGAUUUGGAAUAUGCAAUUCUGAAAGUUAUGAAGGCUGUGGAUGAAAACACCAUUAUUGUUACUGUCGUUCACGAUUCUCAAGUUUUUGAUGAGUUACCAGUUGAUUUGUUUAAAAAGCAUGAUGUUCCUGUUGACUACAUAGUGACUCCAACACAGGUGAUAAAAGUUGAAACAUGUUUACCCAAGCCUGCUGGGGUGUACUGGGAUUUGUUAUCAAAGAAAAGAGUUACAUUUAUGGAUACCUUGCAAAGACUAAAGAAAAAACAGGAAAGUGACGGGGUGGAUACGACGUUGAAGGAAAUAGACUCUGAUAAUGGGAUGAACGGUAGAAGGAGGUUCAGAAGACCGUUUAGAAAGGUUCGUAAAUCCAGCGACGAGGACAAUUCGACUCCUAAAGAAGAUAGGAAGACUCCGAGAACUCCCAGAAGAAAAUUCCAAGGCAGGAGGUACAAUAGGAAGAAAUCUCAGACUGAUUCUUCCACGGAGGAGAAUAAUAAAGACCCAUUGAAGGAUGCCAAUCCUACUUCCGGUAGACGUCGUCCCAGCUCAAAACGUACAAACAGGCGCUUCCACAUCGAUUUUUCCUUGCUUGUAAGUAACAUUGAGCGGAACGUUCGCGUAAGGGACUUGAAGAACGCUCUGACUGAACAUGGUGUUAAACCAGAUGACAUAACUUGGAAGGGUUAUAAGGGUUUCUGCUAUUUGCAUUAUGGAAAGCCUUUUAAAAAGCAACUUGACAAGGAGAAUGAGAAGAAGCCGUUUUCAGUCAACAGCGUUGUUAAUGUUUUGCAAUCUCUAAAAUUAAGUGACAACACCACUUGCAAUUUGGACGUGAAAAUUAUGGAACCCAUAAGCAGGAUCGAGACGACUGACAUUACUGCAGUUUGAAUAUUAUUUAGUUAUAUCAUUUAUAUUACUCAAUUAUCAUAGUACAAAAAAAAUUAUUUCGUUCCUUUUUUUAUAAAUGUAGCUUUAGUUUUUUUCUGGAAAGCUUUAAUUUUUGUAAGAAAUAUGUAUUUUGUAUAUCUUUAUAAUAAAUGAUGGUUUUGUA